AUGAGCAACCCUGAUCAGGAAAAAAGUAACCUGACAACUCGAACAAUUAACUGAAGCAACUAUGUUUAUUUUUGAAGCAACACUGGUAAAAAAAGAGUUGUGCAACCGUAGCUUUUCAGAAAUUCUAGAGUUGCCUCUACCUGAUGUGAGAACAUGUCAACUCUAGUACUAAAACACAUGCAACUUCCCUGUGCAUUAAAGCAUGAACUAUCAAGAACGUAAAAAACUCAAGUUAUAGACAGAGGUAGAAAGUAUUAACUUGCAUGUGUUAACGCACAGCUUUUGCUAUGUCAGUAUGGUUCUCGCUAAAAAAGAAGACACAAACGACAAACGCACAAAACAAAAGGUCGCGUCAUAAAAAACAGAUUCGAACAAUCCCACACUAAGAUACUUUGCUACAUUCCAUAUGGUCCCACUGAAAAAAUAAAAAAGACAUAAACUACACCAAAUGAUAGGCCUCCUGCUCCUGGUAAGCUCUUCGUCAGAUAUGCACAUUGGUUGUUUCUUUCCAAUAAUCAAAAGUUGUAAUCUGCUGCUGAAAAAAAGGCACAAAUGAAAUCAGCGCAUGUCGUGUAAAAACAAAACUUUGCUGCUGUAUAUGUGUGUCAUACUGGUAGAAACAUAACACAUGUAAGAAAACAAAGAAGAAGCAGGAAACUUUUGAGGAAAAAGAAGAUAUGAAUUGCCUCUGUUUAACUUUAUAGUUGCCCAAACAAGUGUUUAUAGUUGCUCCUUUAUAUUCUACAACUACUUUGUUCAUAAAAGGUCAUGCAUGCUCUUUGCUGCUGUAUAUGUGUGUCAUACUGGUAGAAACAUAACACAUAUAAGAAAAACAAAAGAAUAAACAGGAAACUUUUGAGGAAAAAAGAAGAUAUGAAUUGCCUCUGUUUAACUUUAUAGUUGCCCAAACAAGUGUUUAUAGUUGCUCCUUUAUAUUCUACAACUAGUUUGUUCAUAAAAGGUCAUGCAUGCUUUUGUGGUGGGCUAACACACAAAUUGUUGCAGGUUGAUUGUUCAUGAUGAUUGAUCUGAAUGAACCACCGCUUGACGUAGAGUCCAUCAACAUUUCAGUCGAGUUGGGUGUACCUUUCUUGCAUGCAGGGGGUGAACAGGGACAUCAACAACUGGAGGAGGAGGUUGGUGAGUCUCCUGACCCCAAUAUUGGAUCUAACACUACUCAUGUCCCGGACAAACGUGUUGCCACUCCCCCACCUAUGGUUGCUCCUGCUAAUGCUUUAGUUCAUGAGGCACGUGAGUUGGAAGAUGAAGAAGCUGGAUCACAGCCACAACAACCUUAUGUUGGCAUGCGCUUCGACACAUUAGAGGAUGCGAGGGAACACUACAAUCGCUAUGCUUUGAUGGAGGGCUUUUCAAUCAAGUCAAAUACGUCUUACAGGUCGGCCUACACAGGUGUGGUGGAAAAACAGCAAUUCUGCUGUAACAAGUUCCGCAAACCAGUAGAGAGGGUUGGGAUCCCGGAUGUUUCCUCGUCGAGCAAAAACACUACAUGUCCAAGCUCACCUGAACAAGAUGUUGAAGAUGAUGUCGAGGAACACACUUUCAAGAAGAAGAGGAAACGGGAAACUGUGAAGCGAACAAAAUGUCGUGCUAAGAUGGUGGUGAAGCUUAAAGAUGACAGAUGGGAGGUUAUCACUUUUAUUGCAGAUCAUAACCAUCCACUGAUUGAGAAGCCAUCGCUUUCGAAAUACCUCCGUUCUCACCAAGGAAUCCCGCCGGAACAGAAAAAACUACUGACUCACCUAAAUGACUGCAACUUGACAGCAGGAAAAAUGAUGAUGUUAAUGUCAUCAUACUACGGCUCGGAGUUGAUUGUUCCGUACACAGCUAAAGCCAUCCAUAACCACUGUUCGAAGCUCAACGCCCCAACUAAAGACAUUGACAUUGAAGAAACACUAAACUAGUUUUGCAAGGUGAUGGAAAAUGACUCAGGAUUUUUCUUUAAAUGCAAGACAGAUGCGGAAGGCAGGACAGAAAACUUGUUUUGGGUGGAUGGUGCGGCACGGAAAGCAUACGCGGAGGCUUAUCAUGAUUGCGUGUCAUUUGAUGCAACUUACCUCACGAACAUGUACAAUAUGCCGUUUGCCCCCUUCAUUGGAAUCUACAGACAUGGGCAGUCAAUAAUGCUCGGGUGUGGAUUUGUCCGGCAGGAACUAGCCUCAAGUUAUGACUAGUUAUUUGAUGCUUUCCUAGAAGCAAUGGAUGGUUUGGCUCCGGACAACAUCAUCACGGACCAAGAUGUUGCUAUGGCACAAUCUAUCAAGAGGAAGUUCCCGGCAACGAUUCACCGUUGCUGCCGUUGGCAUAUAAUGAAGAAAGCACAAGAGAAGCUUGGCCCCGUGUUGGCUAGGAACCCGGAUUUGGUAAACGACUUCAAUGAAUGCAUUGACUUCAGUUGCACCCCGGCUGAGUUUGAAAGGAAAUGGGCUGCACUUCAAUUGAAAUAUGAAGGUCUUAUGCAUGGUCACUUUGAGAAACUCUAUGAAGAUCGGGCUACAUGGGUGCCGUGUUACUUCAAAUUCAGGUUCUUCCCUUUCCUUCAGUCAACACAACGCAGCGAAGGGUUCAAUGCUGUGUUGAAGCGCUAUGUGAACCCACACAAGUCAAUUCUCAACUUCGUCAAGCAAUAUGAGAAAAUUCAGGUACACAUACUCGUGAGGGAGGGCGGGAACGACUACCGGACAGAACAUCUAGAGGCACAAAGAUGGUCGCGUUUCCCCAUUGAGAGGCAUGCCUACAAAGCAUACACUAGGGACAUCUAUGUGAAGUUUAGAACUGAGUUUCAGAUGAUUGGGCAGUACGAUGUGCGUCCCGCUGGAAUCAACUUCUAUUACCUUGAGCCCAAUACAGAAGAAGUUCUAGGGUAUGGCUCGAGGAAGUACCUAGUCACAGUGAGACUAGAGCCAGCUAUCUACGAUUGCGAAUGAUGCAAGUGGCAUAGAGACGGCAUGCUUUGUUGCCAUGUCUUGAAAAUCUUCACACACCUUGGCGUUAAUGAGAUACCUGAACACUACAUCAAGCGCCGCUGGACGCAACAUGCAGUACCAAGUGCACCACCGCCACCUAAUGAGGGCCCUCCGCAUGACUUGCCCGCUGAGUCAGAGAACCAAGUUCGGCAAGUGACUCUGACAAUGGAUUUUGCAAAGCUAGCCAAGAAGGCAAUGACUAGUGAUGAGGCAGCCGCUGCAGUUAGGAGGCACAUGAAAGCAGCAGAUACUGAGGUUACUAAGCUGAAUAAACUAAGGAAGAAGAGGCUAAAGGCAGCCCGGGAAGCGGCUCGUGCUAGGGAAGCAUCAAACCCUAAUGCCCCAAGUACUUCAAACCGACCUCCUGCCCCCCUUGCUCCUAUGGAUCCACCUCGUUCAGUCACGAAAGGGCGCAGCCGCAGCAAGCGCUUCAAAUCAGCCCUGGAACUACACCCUAAGAAAAAGAACAAGUGCAGCAUUUGUGAAUCAAUCGAUCACACUGCUGCGACGUGCCUAGGGAAGCUGAUGUGAUCGUUACCACAUGAAGGGAAUGACCCCCUGGGUUUGCAAAACUAGCGGAAAGUAAGGAAAAAAGAGCAAACAGUGUCCUGGUAGAUGAAGCAAUUGAGGUCUGGUUUCUGAGCAAAUGUAGAAGGGAAAUCAAGCAACUCCCAGCUUCAAGAAAAAAGCAAACGAUGAAAUCAUUUGCAUGGAUUUGUUUUAAUUUAUGUGUUUUCCUAGCUUUAAAUUCACAAAUUGGAGACUGUGUGGAGGUAGAUGCUUGACAUUUGUGCUUAUAUUCCUUACUCGUAAAACAUGAAAAAAUCUAUGAGCGCUUGUGAUUUAUGCAAACAUGUUAUAGGUGGUUUGGGGCAAACUUUUGUGAGUUUUGUAAUGGAACACAUUAGUAUUCGCAUUUGAUAUUCUCUAAUGGAACACAUUGAUCAGGAAAAAAAAUGUACCUAUAUAUUUGUUCACUUGUUGGCCGGUUUGAGGAUCUCCUGCCAUGGAAUCUUGUUCAGGUCACACUUCAGCAUGGGGAUGGUCAUCUUCUUCCUGAUGUUUGGUAUGUCGCUUUGUCCGUAGUUCGGGAGCCACGUCCCGUUCCACAAUAACGCGUUCAUCAAUGCGAAUAUGCUACAGUCACCGCUGCAAAAAAAUCAAAAAUGUCAAGAAAGCACUUGCAAAAAAAAGCAAAACACUACGUCUUAUAACAACGAUAUGUAUGUAUGUGGGUUGGUCCUUACGAUACAGUCUGCUUUGGUGCAUCGAUAUCCACAAGCGGGAACUGGUCCAUUGUCUUUGCUUGUUUUGGAUAGUACUUGUCCCACAACACACGAACUGCAGCUACAAUAGCCCUUGCAACAUCAUCCAGCCUCUUGCUUUUCUUUAACAUCCUCCAUGAGUCAAACACUUCGAACCUUUUGUCCCUCAGAUUGAUGUUGAGUACCCAGUAGUGGUGUGCACCAUUGGCGUUCUUUGGGUCUAAAUUUUCAAGCACAGGAAUCAUAACCUUUAAGAAAAAAAAAACCAUGUUAGCAUACCAAAAAAACCCAUCAACUACUGAUAUGUUUUUGGGCAACUCUAUAUGUUUGUAUGGGCAACAUUUCAUAUGAUUUUAGGCAACUCUACAGAAUUUUAUUCAACUUCUGGCAUAACUCUCAAAAAUGGUUUAUCAGGCAUCUCAGUGGCUUUUUAUGAGCAACUUAUCAUGUGAUUUCAAGCAACUCCCAUGAUUUCCUGACAUCAGCUUCUAGAAAAACAAAAACUAAGAAAAAAUAGAAUAGAGCCUUUUUAUCAUGUUUGACAACUAGUAAAACACAUGGACCAUACCAUGUCUUGCUCAUCCAAACGGUUUGAUUUGUUGAACCUAUCAUGCAGCUCCCUCACAUCUAGAUCGAUCCUCUAAAGCCAAGUCUGUGGGGAAAUGUAGAAUCAGAUAAUAAAGCAGCAACUUCAGUGCCAAAAAACAAAAAAAGGAAGAAACUGUGGGUUUUUAUUUCUCUUACCGAAAACCUAACAGGCAUGAUUAUUUUCUUGGACCCCACCUGUCUGUUGUACAUGAUUGCUUCAAUCCCUAACUCAAAAACAUGUGUCUUCAUCCAUCCUGCCUUCCUCAUUGAUUGAGCAAGCUCCUUGAUUGUGCAGAAGUAACCACGAUAGUUUAUGAUUUGCGGCCUGUAGAACAAACAGAAAGGCUCUGUUAAGAAAAAUAACAAUAGGAGAGAUCACUGCAUGCGAAAAAAGAAAAAAGCAGGAAAAAAGUGGCAGCUGGAACAAACACACACGUUGUAUCAUCACCCUGCGACGUCCUUCUCGUCCCUCCUCCUCCUCCAAGCAACAUAAUCAGUGCAUACACUCUGUUUGUCUCUGCAUUGCAUGUGAAAUCCUUCCUCAUCUCUACAUUCACAUAUGGUGACCUCUGUGAUGGUGGAGCUUUCUGUAUCCUCCUCUCGCGAUUCUCAGGAACAGGGUCUUCCGAGCUGCUGGCUGCA